AUGGUCAAGAUAUUCAGCAUAAGCAUAAUCCAGGCUCCCCAGUCAGGAGCGAGUACCCUACUUGCGACCGCAAACGACCUUUCUUCGUUCUCGUUCUACCAGCGAGGAUCGGUCGGCGAAUUCAUGACAUUCUUCUCCAAGACGGUGGCGGAACGAACUGGAGCUGGUCAACGACAAAGCGUUCAGGAGAAUAAUUAUACUGCGCAUGUCUACAACCGAGGAGGGUCAGAGCAACUUGCGGCGGUGAUCAUAACCGACCAGGAGUAUCCUGUUCGACCAGCAUUCUCCCUAUUGACCAAAGUUUUGGAUGAAUUUGUGGCCAAGGUGCCGCAAUCGUCGUGGGAUAACCCGUCAUCCAUUUCCUUCUCGGAGCUCUCCACCUAUAUCAGCCGAUACCAAGACCCACGCCAGGCAGACACUAUUAUGCGAGUCCAGGCGGAACUGGACGAGACUAAGAUUGUUCUGCACAAGACAAUCGAGUCAGUGCUUGAACGAGGCGAACGCUUAGACACACUGGUGGAUCGGUCAAACCAGCUCUCUGCUCAGAGCAAGAUGUUCUACAAGACUGCCAAGAAGCAGAAUAGCUGUUGUGUUAUCAUGUAG